AUGCGUCGUAGUGAAAUGGCUUUUGAGCGCCAGCGAGGUGGCUACAGACCUAUUGCUCUUCGAGAUGAUGGUGAAGAUGUUGAAUCAAUUUGGAAGAGAGGUUUCGUCAGUCGUACAAGCAUCUUUGGAUCACCUGGGUUGACACCACUAAGUCAAAGUCAACUGUCUUUGGAGACUAACCUUAAACCAGCUGUAACAGGAGAGCGACCAAAACUUAAUUUACUACCUCGUUCUGCACCACGAGAUUUAAAUGAACUAUCUGGACGCAACUCAAAGAUUUUUGGUGAGGCUCGACCAGUAGAUACGGCUAGUAAAAACCGUGAAGUUGAACGGCGACUAACUGCAACUGACCAAACUAGUGUCUUUUCUAUUAAUCCUUAA